AGCUAGAAAAUGGCUGAGAAUACUAUUCACGUAGUUAUGCUUCCAUGGUCUGCUUUUGGCCACUUGAUACCAUUUUUCAAACUUUCCAUAGCCUUAGCCAAAGCUGGUGUUCGUGUCUCCUUCAUAUCAACUCCCAAAAACAUUCAAAGGCUUCCCAAACUUCCUUCAACUUUAUCUCAUUUGGUUGAAUUGGUACAACUUCCUUUGCCAUCAUUAGACAAAGAGCUCUUGCCAGAAGGUGCUGAGGCCACAGUGGACAUUCCAUUUGAACAAAUUCAGUACUUAAAGGUUGCAUAUGACCAACUGCAGCAUGCGGUGAAGCAAUUUGUGGCAAAACAGUUGCCAGAUUGGAUAAUCUGUGAUUUUAGUCCCCACUGGAUGAAAGACAUUGCUCAUGAGUUUCAGGUAAAGCUAUUGUACUUUAAUGUUUUAUCUGCUCCAGCGGUGACAUUCUUUGGACAACCAGGUACAAGGAAAACUCCCAUUUCACCAGAAAGUCUAAUAGCAUCACCAGAGUGGGUGACAUUUCCAUCUUCAGUGGCUUUUCGAAGGCACGAGGCAAAAGCUAUUUAUGCUGAUGCCAACAAAAAAAAUGCUUCCGGGAUAAGUGACUUGGAAAGGUUUUCCAAGGUAAUCAUUUCCUCUGAAGCUGUAUUAUUUCGCAGCUGCUAUGAGAUUGAAGGAGAAUAUCUGAAUGCAUUCCAACAACUAGUUGGGAAGCCUGUGAUUCCCAUAGGUUUAUUGCCCAUAGAAAGGGCAGAGAGAGAGAGAGGAAUUGUUGAUGAGUGUAGUGGUGAUAUAUUUGAGUGGCUUGAUAAGCAAGCAUCCAAAUCAGUUGUAUUUGUGGGGUUUGGUAGUGAGUCCAACCUGAGCAAGGAUCAAGUUUUUGAGAUAGCUUAUGGACUUGAGGAGUCUCAAUUGCCAUUUUUAUGGGCAUUAAGAAAACCAAGUUGGGCAAGCACUGAUCAGGAUUCUGUACCUUAUGAUUUUCAUGGAAGGACAUGUAAUAGAGGAAUUGUUUGCAAGGGAUGGAUACCACAAGAAGAAAUAUUGGCACAUCCAUCUAUUGGGGGGUCUUUGAUUCACUCUGGCUGGGGCUCUGUCAUUGAAACCUUGCAGUUUGGUCUCAGCCUAGUUGUAUUACCCUUCAUUAUAGAUCAACCUCUUAAUGCAAGGUUUUUGGUGGAUAAGGGUUUAGCUAUUGAAGUGAACAGAAACGAAGAUGGGUCGUUCACUAGAAAUGACAUUGCUAUGUCUCUUAGACAAGCUAUGGUGUUGGAGGAAGGAAAGAAGAUCAGAAUUAAUGCAGGAGAAGCUGCUGCAAUUGUAGGAAACUUGAAGCUGCACCAGGAUCAUUACAUAGCUGCAUUUGUUCAGUUUCUUAAGGAUGGAAUCUGGAUAUAAAUAUGAAGUUGAAGAGUUGGGAAAAGUAAUCUGUGUUGUGUUGUGUGGCAAUGUUUCAUGCUUGUAGUUUAAGUUUUACUGUUUCAUGUUUUAACAUUCUCUUUAUAAAAAAAUCUGUGUAUCACUGUUCUGUUUUAACAAUUUGAACAAUCAUUUUAUGUAAAACGAAUUACUU